AUGUCUGCGCCAGGCAAAGGGUCGCGAUGGGGAGCAUUCCUCUCCUCAGCCUUUGAGGGCGUUGAGAAUCGUCUCGAUAACUUACUUGACGAAGAGCAACAGGCGGCACAAGGAGGGCAGCAGUACGAGCAACAGCAAGGAAUGAAGGCCACGCCUGUACCAUCACCGUCACCGAGUCCUAAACCUACCACUCCUACUGUAGCCCCAAAACCGAAUCGCGCCAAUGACCGUCUACAAGCCAGGCUGGCCAAAGCUAUAGCUUCGCGAACCUCACAAUCCUCCCCACGUAGCUCCAUUGACACAGCUCGUGGCUCUGUGGAUAAAGAACGUCCUUCUAGCACUGAACCUGUCAUCACAAGACAAAGUACCGACACGCCAGAACUUAAGCCAGCUGAGCCCGAGACCCCUACCGAGGUGCCAACUCCCGCAAUCGAGCCACCUUGUCCGCCUGCACAAGAACAGAAUCCGGAAUCUGAAGAAGUCGAAGACAAAGAUAAAAGCGACCAAGAUCUCCGCCGCGAUAUUCCUACACCUAUCAUUGUUGAGCCACCAUCUAAUGUUGAACCUCAAGAUGCUCCAACACAAGAGGUCGCAGACAAGUCUGAAGCGCAGCCGACGCCUACAAACGAUGAACCAGAUACCAGCAAGCCUACCGGGACCCAACAAGCUGCGCAUCCCCCUGUCGAGUCACUGCAGAAGGACCAGGAUACCAGCCAAGCUGACAAAGCUCGAUUGGAAGAGGUCCAAGAGUACAUUGAGCAGAUCGAUUCACUGCAGGCAAAACUGCAGUUUCUAUCCAAAAAUGCUGCGGAUGCCGCUAAGCAAGCAGCAAACUCGGCCGAUGCAGGAAGUGUAGAGAGGAAAUUGGCCGAGAAGGAUGAAAAGAUUGCUCUGUUAAUGGAGGAGGGACAAAAGCUUUCCACUUCGGAACAAAAGUUCCGAACAACUAUACGUAAACUCCGCUCACAGAUCGCCGAAAACGAGAGGCAGGCCAACGAGCUCAAUAAGGACAAGGAAAAGGCUGCUGCCGAGGCCGAGACGCUACGAAGUCGAAUUAGCAGUAAGGAAGAGCAAGAAAGGAGGAAUGAUGAGGUCCGAAAAGCAAGCGCCGCGCUCCAAAAGGAGAUUGAUGUGCUCAAAAAGGACAAGGCAGCAAAAGACGAAGCAUACCGACGGUUGGAGCAACAGUCCAAAGCCAAAGCUGAACAAGUACAGACUGCGCACACUGAGGCUCUAACCAGAGCGUUGGACACCGAAAAGAAGCGACAGAAAGAGCUCGACAACACCAUCGCGACAUUGCGAUCGGAAAAAGAGGCCCUAAUAGAAAAGUUGCGAUUCACGGAGGUGGAGUGGCAAGAAAAGCUGGACCGAGCUGUAGAGCGCGGGCGAAAUGUUGAGGAUGAGUUGAAGUUGGAGCUGAGAGCAGCAGAAGGAAAACUCGAGGCGAUGCGAGUGGCGGCCGAAGAGGCUUCUGCAGGAUCAGGAGGCGACAUCAAGUUGAUACGACACAUUGAGACCCUCCAAUCGCAGUAUGCCUCAGCCAGCGAGAACUGGCAAGGUAUCGAAACCUCACUCUUGACCAAAGCGGCCAACCUGGAAAAGGAGAGGGACGAGACACAACGACGAGAGUCAGAAAUGCGGAAGAAGGCUCGUGACUCGGCCAGUCGCUGUAAGCGUCUCGAAGAUGAACUGCAGGACGUCAGUCCAGCUCUCACCUCGGCUCAUAAGGAGCUCGAGGCCUGUCGCGAGGAGCUUGCUACACUCAGAACCCAACUCACAAGCGCCGAAACAGCACUUGAACAAGCACGUAAUGACAUUGAGAAGCAGCAACGAGCAGCGGCUAGAGAAGCGUCUGCCGAGGCUGAACGAAGGCAAUGGGCAGACGAUGUUGCUACGAGUACGCCCAGGUCCCAGAGCAGACCCGAUUCUCCGUUACUCUCUGUCAGUCGGACCUUUAGUUCAGACUUUAUUGGCCUUCCUGUGCCAGGGAGACAGCCGCGCCGGGUACCUACACCAGGAAGCCAGACCGACAGUGCAGGCGAUGGCUUCUUUUUCGGUCGAAGAAUGUCAAGCCAACCUCCUCGUCCUAGUGCCUUAUCUACUACUGGGCCUAUGAUACCUCCACCGACCCCGUUCUCGCCCUUUGAGCCACCUAGCGAGUCACCACGCGCCGCAUCACCACCACUAGACCGCGAUGAUGGUCUUGAUGACGGUGAUCCCUCACCACCGCGCAACAUGGCCCAAGACAUGGUUUCGGUAUCAACAGUUGGGGCUGGCCCUUCAGUUCAGCUCGUCGAGAGAAUGAGCGCGGCGAUUCGAAGACUAGAAGCCGAGAAGGUGGCUGCAAAGGAAGAGAUGGUCCGUGUAUGCAGCCAGCGAGACGAGGCGCGAUCUGAUAUCGUGAACCUCAUGACGGAGUUGGAAACACAAAAGGGGGCCACAGUGCGGGUGACACAAUUAGAAGAAGAGGUGGAGAACAUCAACUCGCGAUACCAGACUACAUUAGAGAUGUUGGGCGAGAAGUCCGAGCUCGUUGAGGAGUUAAAAGCCGACGUUCAGGACGUCAAGGAUAUGUAUCGCGAGCUGGUGGAACGGACUGUGAUGAAAUAA